UUGAGCUGGCCCCGUCCGUUUAAACCGAGAACACCCAUACCAACUUCUCAAUGCAAAAAUUAAAAGGGAACCUAGAAGCAGGGACUAGGGGAACGAAAUGAGGUGUAAAUAGAAUACGAAAGCUCUUGGUCUCUCUCUCUCUCCACUCUCUCCUCUCUUUUAGUAAAUGAAUGAAUGAAUGAUUAAUUAGGACAUAAAUAGGCUACACGGAAUCACGCCUCCACCGGGACAAGAAAGCCUGCUCCAAGCUUUUGAUAUUCGUUUUAGCCCAAUGAGACAUAUGUAUAUUUAUUAAUGUACAUAUUUGCAUUGGUAGGACUACAAGCAGGACCAGCAAGGCUUUUUAGACUUUUUUUUUUUAAUCAAUAGGCUACUUCGUUCGGAAGCUUCUAUACAACGGCCACCAAGAUUGCGCUGCUGCUGCCGCCGCUGUUAUCACAACUCAUUGCCGGUCCGAAGAUGGCAACUUUAACAAAUGGACAGGUGGACGGCACAAACGGGCUAGUGAACGGAUUAAGCCACAGCCACAGUUCAGCGGGCUGCGGGGGCACCAUCCCCAUGAAGGACCACGACGCCAUUAAACUGUUCAUCGGGCAAAUACCGCGCAACCUGGACGAGAAGGACCUCAGGCCGCUCUUCGAGGAGUUCGGCAAGAUCUACGAGCUCACGGUACUCAAGGACCGCUUUACGGGCAUGCACAAAGGCUGUGCCUUCCUUACCUACUGUACCAGAGAGUCGGCCCUGAAAGCUCAGAAUGCCCUCCACGAGCAGAAGACCCUGCCAGGGAUGAACAGGCCUAUCCAGGUGAAGCCUGCGGACAGCGAGAGUCGAGGAGAAGACAGAAAACUCUUUGUGGGCAUGCUCAACAAGCAGCAGUCUGAAGAUGAUGUGCGAUGUCUCUUCGAGUCCUUCGGCAGCAUUGAAGAGUGCACCAUCCUUAGAGGUCCUGAUGGAAACAGUAAAGGUUGUGCGUUUGUAAAGUACUCCUCUCACGCUGAAGCUCAGGCAGCUAUCAGUGCUCUACACGGCAGCCAGACAAUGCCUGUGAGUUCAGUAUUCAAUAUGGGUGCAUCCUCAAGUCUGGUGGUGAAGUUUGCCGACACAGAUAAGGAGCGCACGAUCCGGCGCAUGCAGCAGAUGGCUGGUCAGAUGGGUAUUUUCAACCCCAUGGCCCUGCAGUUUGGGGCCUACGGGGCCUAUGCACAGGUGCAGCAGCAGCAGGCAGCGUUGAUGGCGUCAGUAGGGCAGGGGGGCUACCUCAGCCCCAUGGCAGCCUUUGCCGCUGCACAGAUGCAGCACAUGGCCACCAUCAACGGCCUCCCAGGGGGGCACAUGACCCCCACGUCAGGUGGCAGUACCCCCCCUGGUAUUGGCGCCCCCACAGUGACCAGUAUCCCCUCGCCCAUCAGUGUGAAUGGUUUCGCUGGGAUGCCCCCCCAUCAGACCAAUGGGCAGCCCACUGCCGAAGCUGUGUAUACCAACGGGAUACACUCCUAUCCUGUGUUACAGGAGGUGGUUUUUAGAGAGGACUCUGAGAAAAACGGUUUGGCUCAGCGGAGUUGUUUUGGAGUUCAGGGUGGCUGCUUCCUCUCUUCUCUCUCUGAAGCUCAGAGUCCCACUGCAGCAGAUCACCUACAGCAGGCUUACACAGGAGUCCAGCAGUAUGCAGCAGCCUACCCUGCUGCAUAUGGCCAGAUCAGCCAGGCCUUUCCCCAGCCUCCUCCCAUCAUCCCACAACAGCAGAGAGAAGGGCCGGAGGGCUGUAACCUGUUCAUCUAUCACCUCCCUCAGGAGUUUGGGGAUGGCGAGCUGAUGCAGAUGUUCCUGCCUUUCGGUAAUGUCAUCUCCUCCAAAGUGUUUGUGGAUCGGGCGACAAACCAAAGUAAAUGCUUUGGAUUUGUGAGCUUCGACAACCCAGGUAGUGCCCAGGCUGCCAUCCAGUCAAUGAACGGCUUUCAGAUCGGCAUGAAGAGACUCAAGGUGCAGCUCAAGAGGCCGAAGGACGCCAACCGCCCCUACUAGCCACUCCUAGCCACCCCUGCCCUGGGGGAUAAGGCAGAUGCUGCACACAGGGAAACACAGGUUUUUGUUGAGCUGGAACAUAUGUUGAUUACAUGAACAACGCCAUUGAACUGACGGAUCACCGGGACACAGGUAUUCUUUGAGGCUGGUAUGAAACUGGAUCAGAUACUGGGCUGAACAUGAACAAAUAGAUGACCAAGUAACAGAAAAUUCUGUUGGAUGUACCUUUUGGACCUCAGAGAAAACUCCUGCAAGCCUGGGUAGCUCCAGGGCUCCGACUGUCUUUAUCGCCUCCCCUCCUCUCUCUCUCUACCUAACCACACCUGAACGACAGCUACCUUACAGGACCACAAGUGAGGAAUUAUAAAUAAAAAAAACACACGGAACAGAGAUGGAGGAAACAUGGAUAAUAAGAGUUCCAAGAAUUAAACAAACUUUGAAAAUACUUUAUGGGGGAAUGCCAUAGGAUAUCUCUAUGUAAAUGUGUUUGGGUAUGGGGAAACAACUUUUUAAAGAACAAUUUUACAGGACUAGAAACAAACGAAAAAAUAUGUUUCUCGGAAGAAAGAGAACUUUGUAGGGAAAGCGAUAUUUCAUCUUUAGCUUGGAGUGCCUGUCUGUUUCCAGGGGACACCGUUGGCAAGGAGAGCCAGAGCAACGGUCUCCAGGGAGUCUUACCUGUCAUUCCUUAGUUGUUUUAGGGACCAAAAGACCAAACAUUUUUAUUGCUGAGGACUUGUAGCUCUAUUAAUAUACUCAGACCACUGUAUCUCUUUUAAAUCGCUGUUAACCGAUUAAAGAGUUGCAUUUAAAAGGUGUACAGUGUGUGUGUGUAUAUAUAUAUAUAUAUACAUACAUACACACACACACACAAUACAUGUAUACAUACAUAUAUAUUGCUGAUAUGCUUUUUGAAUACAGCCAAAACUAUUUCCGAUGCCGAUGGGGUCGCUCACUUCACUAGUUUACAAUUAACUUUUCAAAAUGUUAAUUUUUUCCCCCCUUCUCAUUUUCUCUUGGGGGAUGAAAUGGAGAGUGCAUGGGAAGGUUUGUUCCAUAUUGCAGCCUUACCUUUUCUAACAUGAAAUCCUAACCUCAUAGUUAAAACAACAUAAUAAUGUUUUGAAAUAUAUGAACUUGUUUAUAUUUGCAGUACAUAUACAGUACCAGUCAAAAGUUUGGACACACCUACUCACUGUAGGGUUUUUCUUUAUUCUUACUAUUUUCUACAUUGUAGAAUAAUAGUGAUGACAUCAAAACUAUGAAAUAACACA